GAUUUAUCAUGCAGAGGAGUCAGAAACGACAGAUAAUGGUGCGGUGACGCGGUCAGCCCUACCGUUGCCCUUCGGGGUCCGCGGAAACGGACCGUCUCAGGAGGCUCUCCCCUUAUAGGGCUGGACUUGUUACAUGGCUGCCUAUUACCUUACAGCCAUAUCCACCCUUUCCCGUCUACUGUAUCUGCAAUUCUGCACCCUUGAUCACUGUAUGACAGCCCAGACCAAGAGAUUGAUAUCUUUUAAUCUCGCUAGUUCGAGUCUUGUUUUCAUGAUUUGAUGAGAAUAUCCACUGACAACUUCGCUCCGUACAUACAAGUCUGGCAUUAACCCCACGUCGCUCGUUCACUGUUUCAGACCUUCAACACUGUAUAUUGAUUUGUCUCUUUCCCCCAUGCACCUUCGCGCUUUCCUCUUCCCCGGUAUCUGGUUGGUGUGCUCUUUGGCCUCACCUGUCCCGGAUACUGGAGACUCCUCGCAGAAGCAACUGUCCAACGCACUCAAUUCUCGCGUCUCUUUUCCCACUGCGACCGGACAUGAUGUCCAUUUGCCAUGUCUACAAUGCUCUCCAGAGGGCGACAAAGGCCCCGUUGACAAUAUAACCUCAACACCCUUUGUGGCAAUGAACCUCCGAACCGAACACAAUGCCCUUCUGGUCAACAACGUCAGCGUCUUCCCUGCCGGGUUCCCCAUGCAACUUCCAGCCCAGAUGCACCUCAAUGGCAAUAUUGACAGCGACACCAUCGAAACCGUUCUCCUGACCUACGGGGUGGACAUCAAAUAUCUCCCAGCGAGGGUCGACUCCGAGGUGGGCGACAUGUACUUCGUGGAGGUCAAAUUUUUUGAUUCCACCGGUCACCCCGCCACCGCAAGCGUGAUCCACGUUCGCUUGUCCCGCGACGCCGACGAAGACGACCUCUCUAUCUCCCAGAUCAUCAUCGAGCCACUCCUUGACUACCAUGCGUCUCAUGGCCACGGCAACAAGGUGUGGCACGCCCAGUACUGGAAGAUGCUGGUGGGCAAGUACAAGUCCUGGUGCAAGGAGCAGAAGAAUGCCCUGCAUAAGACCUUGAAUGAGAAGUCGGAGGCCCACGUAUCGUGCGGCGACAGCCCCUGCAUCCGUCCCUACAACAUGGUCGUUUCGACUGAUGGGGAGGGACGCCACCACCACAACGACGUGGGCAAGUCCCCGUUUGCCGUGGCUGGCCCGUCGAUGAAUGCCUACGUGCACCACCACCGGUCCAACCCCAACUUCUGGCGUCUGAUCAUUCCGGCGAUGGUCCCUGCGUUGUUGGGAAUGGUCGCGGGGUUGGUGGUUUGUACUACCGGGGUGGUUAUCUGGAAGAUCAUCUCUUGUGCGCUGGCUCGGUGUGCUGACAAGCGGACGAAGAGAUGUGCACGUGGCGCGGGAUGUUGUAGGGGCUCGAGACAAGCGGUGUCAGAGAAGCAGCAGCUGAUGGCUCGGGAAAUGGGGGCCAAUUGCAGUGUGUAGAUACUGCGAUUGCUCCUUCCCUCUCAGGUAAGAAAAUGCGUAUAGGGGCAACCCGUGGUAGCUGCGAGGUGAAAAUACGGGUAAAGAGCAUGUAGGGAUCGGAUGGUCUAUGUGCUUGUCAUUCAUUACGCAGAACAGUCAGACUUGCAAAUAGUUUGCGUCCCUACUCGCGUCAGCCUCACAAUUGACAAACAAUUUUUCUCCUACGUGAACGAUCCAGUCCCUUGUUCAUGGCUUUGACUCACCCUAAUGGGGGAAUGUUCGAGGCGAAGCUUUGGACUUCCGAAGUUCCGACCGCCCAACACUCACCACCGAACCCGUGCAGACAGACUAGUAUUUCCGAGGCAGUGUAAAUGGGGGCCAGGGG